UUUCACCUCACAGAGACACCAGCAGACAGCAAACUAACGUUAGCAUGCUAAGCUAGUUAGCAACACAGCUAACGUUACAGAGAGCAACUUAGUGUGCAACUUAAUGCUUCGCUUGUGUUCAGAUACUCUGAAAACAAAGUAAGAAACAUUACCACAGUUAAUGUUUACAGUGAAGUCGACAUGGACGAGCCGGACACUGCGGCCAUCCUCCCCGGCGAUGUGCUGUCAUCAACCGACGAUGAAACCACCGGCCACAAACAGGAGACUGAAGUACCGACCACCCGCUCCGUACGACCGCCGUUUACAUGCCCGCUGCCGGUGUCUGUGGAGCCGGUGUUGUUCCUGUCCAUGUUUUCUCUGGCCCUGCAGGCGCCUUUGUCCACACAGUAUCUGUGGGACCGCAUCAGCGAGGACCUCGGUUACAACGGCUCCAAGAGGUCCGAGUGCAGCAACACCUCCGUGCCCCCCGACCCCCUUCAAACGGAGGUGGAAACCAUGACAGCCCACUGGAACCUGUACAUAAGUCUUGGGGGCUUUUCUGUGGGCCUGCUUGUGGUGCCUCUCCUCGGCUCAUGGAGUGACCUCGCAGGUCGCAGACGUGUCCUUAUCCUGCCUAACCUAGGCCUGGCCCUCCAAGCAGUGGUUUACCUGGUGGUGAUGUACCUGAAGCUGCCUGUGGUCUACUUUCUGGUGGGCAGGCUGCUUAGUGGCCUCUCGGGUGAUUUCAACGCCAUCCUGGCUGGCUGCUUUGCAUAUGUGGCUGAUAUCAGCGACAGAAAGUCCCGCACCUUCAGGGUGGCAGUUUUGGAGGCUUGUCUGGGACUUUCAGGGAUGUUAGCAAGCAUCAUCGGAGGGCAGUGGAGGCGGGCAAAAGGGUACAUCGAUCCAUUCUGGCUGGUCCUGGUCACCAACUUGGCUUCGGCUCUGUACGCUUACCUGUUUGUCCGUGAAUCUGUCCUGCCAGACCCCAGUGCAAAGCUCCUCAGCUGUCGCCACCAUAAAGCUGUCUGGCACCUCUUCUCAACAGGAGGCAGUAGUAGUGAGGCGGGCGGGAGACUUCACAUAUGCAAACUGUGGCUUUACACGCUGUGCUUCUUUCUGGUGGUGACUGUACACUUUGGCACCAGGGAGUUGUAUGUGUUGUACGAGCUGAGCUCGCCGCUGUGCUGGGGGCCGGAGCUCAUUGGCUAUGGAUCAGCAGCUCAGCACCUAGCCUACCUCAGCAGUCUGCUGGGGCUGAAGCUCAUGCAGCGCUGCCUGGAGGACUCCUGGGUGGCUCUUGUGGGUCUGGCCUCCAAUAUCAUUGGGUUGGUGGUCUUUUCUGUAGCUGACACCACACAGCUCAUGUUCACAGGUUACGGCCUGUGUUUCCUCUUCAUGGCUGCGACACCAGUGAUCAGGUCAAAGCUGUCCAAGCUCGUGGGGCCAUCAGAACAAGGUGCCCUUUUUGCCACUGUUGCCUGUGUGGAGACUUUGUGUUUUCUGGUGGGAAGUGGUGUCUUUAACUCCGUCUACCCAGCAACACUGCACUUUAUGAAGGGUUUCCCCUUCCUUCUCGCUGCCAUCAUCCUCUUCAUCCCUUCUGGAAUAAUUGGGACCCUGCAAUGUUUGGACUACAGAAGAGACCACAGAGACUCCACAGCAGCCUGACCUGAAGAGAGGCAGAGAGCUUAAGUGUGUCCUGAUGUCCGUCUAUGAGGUGGCAGCUCUGACACAGAGACAUCAUCUGUGUCCUUCUGUGAUGCAGAGAGAUUUUUAUCUGAACAGUGACAGAGCAGCUCGCUAACUCAGCGAUGGGAUUCUUUUAAUCCAGCUAAAGUGAUGGAGAGCAAAAGAGGAAGGAUCAACCUCCUGACUGAUAUGACAGUAAAACCUUCCCUGUAUUAAUAAUGAGAAAGUGUAGACUGGUAAAAAAACAAACCACAGUCUUCUGAUGUUUUAUCACAGCAUUCAUACAAAUGGUGUUGUGAAACGAGAUUCAAAGCAUGCUUUCAUUUGCGAUUUGAUGUAUUUUCAUACAGCAUAAUGAAGGCCAAAGAAUGUUCCUUACAUUUCCAUUUUAAAUGUAGUCAUUUCAAAAACUCUAACGGCACACUACAGGGUUAUUGUAGUAACUAGAAGACAAAAACUCCUCAGAUGUUCUAAAACAUAUCAAGCAGGGGUGCACAUGCUUCACAGAGGGUCAGAAAGGGAGGUGGCAGAUAAUAGCCCAGUGUUUAUUUGAGUCGAAGUGUUUUAGAUCUACAGAUAUCAUUCAUUGAGAUCAUUUAACCAUGAAUUUUUAUUCUAUAUGAGUUUUUUGCUGAGACAGGAGAUUUGUUUGAUAAUGAACCAUCCAAAUCCAAUUAAUUAUUUGGAACAAAUGAAAAUUGGGAACCUUUGUGAGGUAAAUUGGUAUAAACAAGAUCAAUCUGUUUUCAGCCACCACACUUCAAGUGGUGGAAAGUAAUUGAGUGUUUGUCUACAUUUCACAGGCAAAUAUAUUACCUUUCACGUCUUACAUAAUUUACUACUUAUAUUAUGGCUUUUUUAUAGGUUAAGAUAAGACUUGCUCAAUGCCCAGGGGGGAAUUCACAAGCUACUCAACAGCACAUAAAGUACAGUAUUUAAAAUGUGCCCCACCUUUGCCAGCAUGAGGGCAGAAUGAAUAAACACAAUUUUGUCAUUUAUUAUAAUCCAGUAAUAUGAUUUAAGUACUUUUACUUUGGGUGUCUUAGGUAUAUUUUGGAUGUCAAGGCUUUGUAGUUUUACUAAAUUUUAAAUACAGGAUUUUUACUUUAACAAGGUAUUUUUACACUGUGGUAUUGCUACUUUUAAAGGAACAGUGUGUAAGAUAAAGGGGAAUUUAGUGGCUUCUAGAAUUCUACAGCGUCAAUUGUUCAGGUUUUUACCAGGAGCUGAAUCACCUGCAGAGGUCUCUUUCUGUCCAAAACAAACAGAAAACUGAUUAAAAUACUAAGUAAAGCAUUUUUACAUAACAAAUCAAUGUCUUUCUUAAGGUGUUUCGCAGAAAGGCACCUCACCCAACACCCACUGUGUGCUUAACUUUUUUUCUCAAAAAACUUCAAAUCCAGAGAUUCGUAAGUUUUUUACUAGGAGAUGAAAUAUUCGCACAGGUCUCUUCCUCUCCAAAAGAAAUGCUAAUAUCACAUUAAAAAAAAUUUUUUUUUCGACGCUGCGCCUCACAGAGGGGGUGCUAACUAUGGUGGUCAAUGGAAAAACAAGAAUGGCCCUGUCUAGAGCCACUGUUUGGUUUGUCUGCUUUGAGCUAGUGUAGAAACAUGGCAGACCAUAUCUCUGUUCCAUAUGAAGAAAUAAACGGCUCAUUCUUAACUAAUGCAAAACACAACUCUUAGUUUCAAGUCAUUAUAAAGUAAAGAAAACAAACUCAUUAUAUCACAUUUCUGCCAGUAAAUCCAUCUAAAUCCUACGCAGACUGGACCUUUAAGCAAAAGAUCUAAGUACUUUUCCUACUGCUGUCUGUUUGCAGAUUUGAGUGUACUGUCAGUAAUGUUAAGGGUUAUCCUAAAUCUGUCAGUGGAAAGUCUCAGUAGAACCCUGAACAGUGAAGUCCUGUUAUUCAUGAUAUCACACUAUGCAGAGAGAUCACUUGUGCCAAAAUGUCCAAACGCAACUAUCAGUAAUGCACAGCAGAGGGAGUGAAACUGCAGCUGCAGCCAAGGAUUACUGAGUUGCACCUCGACCCUCCUCUAUAUAACAAACUCCCUGAAGAGUCCCCCUUCCACCACCACAAACAACACUGGAUAGUCCCAGAGCACAAACCCACAGCCAGCAUUAACACAAGGGUCAGGACCUGGAUGUACAGUGAGGGAACAAGAGCUGCAGAAUCAGCUUUAAAAUGCACAAAGGGAAGUUUAGAGGCCAAGUGAAGUAUUUAUCAGCUAAUGUGAAUUGAUCAGCAUGAAGAUUUUUUUCUCAAAGCCAAUCAUCAGACAUAUUUUGUAACAAAACCAACCUGCAAAACUGUCUGCUUUUGAUUGUAAAUCAGUUGUGCAAUAUUUGUAAGUGGUAAUUUUAUUUAUUGGAAUAAAACUUGAUCAUUUUGUGAAAAGAAA